AUGGCCCAAGUAGAAAGUGGCCAAGGUAGUGAAGGGAUCAAGCUGUUUGGAGCAACGAUUAGCUUGUAUGGUAGAGAAAGUAAAGAGGAUAAAAAAGUGAGUGAAGAUGGGACAGAAGAGAAGAGACCUGAUAAGAUCAUAGCAUGUCCAAGAUGCAAGAGCAUGGAAACCAAGUUUUGCUACUUCAACAACUACAACGUUAAUCAGCCUAGGCACUUCUGCAAGGGCUGCCAGAGGUACUGGACGGCCGGCGGAGCCCUUCGCAACGUCCCUGUAGGGGCAGGUCGGCGAAAGGCCAAACCUUCCUGCCAUGACCCGACAGGGUUUCUGGAUGGUGGACUCGUCGUGUCCACUGUCCAACGACAAUUUGGUUUGGAAGAGAGGUUAAUCUUGGAUGAAUGGCAUGUUGCCACCAUGUCUCACGGUGAUUUCCGGCAGUUUUUUCCGUCGUCUAAAAGACGGAGGAUCAACUCAGGUGUUCAACGUCAACCUUUUGAGGAUGAAAGUGAAAAGGGGUUUGUGAUGAUCCGGGAAAUGACAGAAGAUGGGAGUGAGAUAGAAAGGAAGGAGGCUUGA